AAUCCCAGGUCUCAGCCUGAGCGCCAUCUUCCCAGAGAGAUUAUCUCAGUCUAGGCUGGACGUCUUCCUCCACCCAGAACCAUGGAGGCUGCUCUGCUCCUGAACGUGGAAGGGAUCAAGAAAACCAUUCUUCAUGGGGGCAUGGGGGAGCUCCCAAACUUCAUCACCGGAUCCCGAGUGACCUUUCAUUUCCGCACCAUGAAAUGUGACGAGGAGCAGACGGUGAUAGAUGACAGCAAGCAGGUGGGCCAGCCCCUGCACAUUAUCAUUGGGAACAUGUUCAAGCUGGAGGUCUGGGAAAUCCUGCUAACAUCCAUGCGGGUCAGCGAAGUGGCUGAGUUCUGGUGUGAUACCAUCCACACGGGGGUCUACCCCAUCCUGUCCCGGAGCCUGCGUCAGAUGACAGACGGCAAGGACCCCACCGAGUGGCACGUGCACACAUGCGGGCUGGCCAACAUGUUUGCCUACCACACGCUGGGCUACGAGGACCUGGACGAGCUGCAGAAGGAGCCACAGCCUCUGAUCUUCGUGAUUGAGCUGCUACAGGUGGAGGCCCCGAGUGAAUACCAGAGAGAGACCUGGAACCUGAGCAACUCAGAGAAGAUGCAGGCGGUGCCCAUUCUGCAUGGAGAAGGAAACCGGCUCUUCAAGCUGGGCCGCUACGAGGAGGCCUCCACCAAGUACCAGGAAGCCAUCGUCUGUCUGCGGAACCUGCAGACCAAGGAGAAGCCCUGGGAGGUGCAGUGGCUGAAGCUGGAAAAGAUGAUCAACACCCUCAUCCUCAACUACUGCCAGUGCCUCCUGAAGAGGGAGGCGUACUACGAGGUGCUGGAGCACACCAGUGACAUCCUUCGGCACCACCCAGGCAUUGUGAAGGCCUACUAUGUGCGGGCCCGGGCUCACGCAGAGGUGUGGAACGAGACGGAGGCCAAGGCAGACCUGGAGAAGGUGCUGGAGCUGGAGCCCUCCAUGAGAAAGGCGGUGCACAGGGAGCUGAGGCUGCUGGCUGGCCGCUUGGAGGAGAAACGCGAGGAGGAGCGGCUUCGCUGCCGGCACAUGCUGGGCUAAAGCGCGUGCGCUGGG